CGAGGCAGAGAGGAGAUCAAAAUGUAUUUACAGCUGUUGCUGAUGAUUACAGUUACAGCUGCAGAGCAACGACCACCUGACUUCCUGGUCAGAGUUGGUGAUGAAGUGACUUUGCCUUGUAAAGACGUGACUGAUGGUCAGAAUAAAUGUGAAGGAACAACUUGGAUCUUCAUCCGUUCAAUGCCAACAGUGACGCUGUUUGAAGCUGGGAAGAUUAAUUCAACUGUAUCAGACAGACUGAGUGUUACUGUUAACUGCUCUCUGGUCAUAAAGAAGGUCAUCAUGGAGGAUGUUGGUCGUUACACCUGCAGGCGGUUAACGUCAGGACAACAAGGACCAAACUCCUCUGUUCAUCUAGCUGUUGUUCUCAUGACUGAACAGAAGAUCAAUAAUUCAUUCGUCUUAAACUGCUCUGUGAUGGAUUAUGAAAUCCAGAAACACACAGUGGAGUGGCUGUAUGAGGGGGAAGGAGAAACAUCCUCAGAAAUAAAAUCAUCACUGCCCAUCUAUCGUUCUACUGUGGUGCUGACAACUUCCCUUCAUCAAAACCCAACAUUUUUUAGUUCUACAAAAUGUAACGUCACAAAUAUCUCAACUAAAGAAGUUCAGCUGUUCACCUUCAGCCACCAGUCAACAGAUCAGAAAACAGAUCAGAAAACAGAUCAGAAAACAGGUUGGACUUGGUGGCAUAUUGUUGUUUUUGUGGCUUCAACAGGCGUCUUAAUAAUCAUUCUGCUGUUCAUCAAAUGGAAGAAAACUAAAGGAAGUGAAAUCAAGAAGGAAGAAAACACGCAGGAACCGAUCUUACAACCUGAAGUCACAGUUUUGAAUCCAGAAACCAGAGAAGCUAUGGUUGAAUCUGAGGGUUGUGUGUACUACGCCUCAGUCUGCUACACCAAUAAGGCCAAGAGGAAAACACACGUUAAUUCCUCCGUGGACAACUCUUCUCCUGAAGAUGUCGCUCCUCAAGACGCAAUCUACGCCAUAGUCAAAAAAACAAAAACACAUGAUGUUACUGCCUGAAACUGUUCUUAAAAUAUUUGGAUUUGGUUUUCCAAAAAAAGUUAGCUUUGAUCAAAUUUUAACCAAAAACUAAACUAGAGCUAGUAUCAGCAUUUCACUGGCCUGGCCAUUGCCCUGCAGUGCAUUUCUACUCUAUUCUCAUCUCCCUUCAAUGUUCAGUCUGUGAUUUCUCUCAUUGAAGUGGAUUCCUCUAGUACAACUUUUAUCAGGCUAAUCAGUGAACAGAAGGAAAAGUUCGCACCUUUGAUGUUGAUUUUCUGCACUGUUUUAUAAUUGCAGUUUGCCUUAAGUGUUAGCAAUAGCAGGAACUUAACGAACUUAGGCAACUUAGCAAGUUACAAUUUAAACAACGCAUAAGUUGUAUUUAGAGCCACUGUAAUAAAUCAAUAUUUAUGAGGAGUUUUAUCAAGUGGAGUUACUCAUUGUAACUUGUUUUUAUUUAUAGCCUUAAAUUUUUGUAAAGUUGUAGCAUAGAUUAUACCUGUGGCAGUGAACCAAGCUCAUAUCUAAACAUUUAAAUUUUAGUUUGAUUUUUUUGGGUCUCAGUAGUUUGCUCACUGAGAAAAACACGUUUGAGCAUCACCACUCACUAGUCAUUCUUGGCCUUGCAGAUAGAAGACAUUAAAAACUUUUUAAACCACAUUUUCGAAACAUCAAAGUGAAACUAACUGAGGACUUUCAGACACGGUGCUCAAAGUUUGAUUGGUUGUUGGACUUAAUGAGUUCGCGUACCACAGAUUCUGGUCAGAAUGGCUCUCAUGAAACCCAGGAAGAGCG